AUGCAUGUGUGCCUGUUUAAUAUCGAAUUCGCGGCACUCCACUUUAAAACGUCUCGGGCAGGCCCUAGAGAGAUAUUCCAUGUGUUUCGGGCAAAUGAUGUGGCUGGAUGGGGGAGGGAGUCCUUUUGGGGCACAAAUUAUUUUCCAUACUCCAAUCUCUCUCUCUCUCCUUCUCUCUCUCUAUCCUUCUCUCUCUCUCUCUAUCCUUCUCUCUCUCCUUCUAUCUCUCUAUCCUUCUCUCUCUCUCUCUUCUCCUCUCUCUCCUCCUCCCUCUCCUUCUAUCUCUCUAUCCGUCUGUCUCUUUCCUUCUCUCUCCUUCUAUCUCUCUAUCCUUUUCUCUCUCCUUCUCUCUCUCCUUCUAUCUAUCUAUCCUUCUCUCUCUCCUUCUCUUUCUCUCUCAUUCUCUCUCUCCUUUUAUCUCUCUAUCCUUCUCUCUCUCUAUCCUUCUCUGGCUCCUUCUCUCUCUCAUUCUCUCUCUCAUUCUAUCUCUCUAUCUUUCUCUCUUUCCUCCUCUCUCUCCUUCUAUCUCUCUAUCUUUCUCUCUCUCCUUCUCUCUCUUUCUCUCUCUCCUUCUAUCUCUCUAUCCUUCUCUCUCUCUACUUCUCUCUCUCCUAUCUCUCUAUAUCCUCCUUCUCUCUCUCCUUCUCUCUCUCUAUCCUUCUCUCUCUCUCUCUCUCUCUCUCUCUUUCAAACACACACACACACACAGAGGCGGGACAGAAGCGCCUAAAUCUUACCUGUCAUUCUAUCUAUCUAUCUAUCUAUCUAUCUAUCUAUCUGUCUAUCUAUUUAUGCGUGUGUGUAAGCUAUUUCACGGUCAUAUAUAACAUUCUUAACAGCAAACUUAGCAAUUGA